UUCCCCCUGUUCUGCAGCAGACAGACGGAGCUCUUCUAAUCCUUCUGUCUCUUCUCCCCCAUCUCUCUAAAAUUCUUCUCUAAGGGAGAAACAGCUAUAGCUUUGGGGAUAAUAUAGCUUUAAGGCAACUUUUGGCAAAUGUGAACGUCCUAACAUCUGGGCAGUGUUAACAGAAUCCCGGAGGCCCGGACAAACCAGGAGCCACUCGUUCUAGGAAUGUUAAAGUAGAAGUUAUUUUUUCCCCCGACUGAUGAGAGGAGCAGAAAGGAAGGAGAAAGAGGAGGAGAGAGAAAGAGCACAAAAAACUAUAACACAGAUCCCAUAUAUCUGUCCUUCUCACUUUUGGAAGCUUAUAAGUGGCUGGCUUCUGAAAGCAUUUUCUGGGUACUUUUGACCACAUAUCCCCAUUUUUACUUCCAUAACCCUCCCUUUCAAGGAUGGUUGGUCAACUAAUUCAAAGAGGAGCUCUUUCUCUGCUGCUCUUCCUAACUCCGGCUGUGACACCGACAUGGUAUGCAGGCUCAGGCUACUAUCCAGAUGAAAGCUACAAUGAAGUGUAUGCAGAAGAGGUCCCACAGGUCCCUGCCCUAGACUACAGAGUCCCCCGAUGGUGUUACACAUUAAAUAUCCAGGAUGGAGAAGCCACGUGCUACUCACCAAGGGGAGGAAAUUAUCACAGUAGCCUAGGUACGCGUUGCGAGCUCUCCUGUGACCGGGGCUUUCGACUGAUUGGACGGAGGUCAGUGCAAUGCCUGCCAAGCCGCCGUUGGUCUGGAACUGCCUACUGCAGGCAGAUGAGAUGUCAUGCACUGCCAUUCAUCACUAGCGGCACCUACAGCUGCACAAAUGGAGUGCUUCUUGACUCCCGCUGUGACUACAGUUGUUCUAGUGGCUACCACCUAGAAGGUGACCGCAGCCGAAUCUGCAUGGAAGAUGGUCGAUGGAGUGGAGGCGAACCUGUAUGUGUAGACAUAGAUCCUCCCAAGAUCCAUUGUCCCCACUCACGUGAGAAGAUAGCAGAGCCAGAGAAGCUGACUGCUCGAGUCUACUGGGACCCACCUGUGGUGAAAGAUUCUGCGGAUGGUACCAUCACCAGGGUAACACUUCGGGGCCCUGAACCUGGUUCUCACUUUCCUGAAGGAGAACAUGUGAUUCGUUACACUGCCUACGACCGAGCUUACAACCGGGCCAGUUGCAAGUUCAUUGUGAAAGUACAAGUAAGACGCUGCCCAGUUCUGAAGCCACCACAGCAUGGCUACCUCACCUGCACCUCAGCAGGCAACAAUUAUGGUGCCACCUGUGAAUACCACUGUGAUGGCAGUUAUGAGCGCCAGGGAACCCCCUCCAGGGUCUGCCAGUCCAGUCGCCAGUGGUCAGGAUCACCACCUAUCUGUACUCCUAUGAAGAUUAAUGUCAAUGUCAACUCAGCUGCUGGCCUCCUGGAUCAGUUCUAUGAGAAACAGCGACUCCUUAUCAUCUCAGCUCCAGAUCCCUCCAACCGAUAUUAUAAAAUGCAAAUCUCUAUGCUACAGCAAUCCACAUGUGGACUGGACCUGCGGCAUGUGACCAUCAUCGAGCUGGUGGGGCAGCCACCUCAAGAGGUGGGGCGCAUCCGGGAGCAACAGCUGUCAGCCAGCAUCAUCGAGGAGCUCAGGCAAUUUCAGCACCUUACUCGCUCCUACUUCAAUAUGGUGUUGAUUGACAAGCAGGGUAUUGAUCGGGAACGCUACAUGGAACCUGUUACCCCUGAGGAAAUCUUCACAUUCAUUGAUGACUACCUGCUCAGCAACCAGGAGCUGACCCAGCGCCGGGAGCAAAGAGAUAUAUGCGAGUGAACUUGAGCCAGGGCAAGGUUGAUAUCAAGGGAAAAUUCCCCCAAUUAGCUGAAAUUGAGGCCUAAUUAAAGGAAGAAAUGGUUUCCCACAGCUCUAGGGACAGGACUCUGAGGUGAGUGAGGUUUGCCAAUCCAGGGAUAUUUCAAGACAUCAUUUUAGUUCUGUCAUAGUUUUCCUAAGCAAGUCUCUGCUUCAAGUAGCACUGGAGAAGCCUAAGAAGCUAAGCAGGGACAGGCUUUGGGCAGUGGACUGGGGGUAGGAAGUCUUCAUUUCCUGAUCUGGGACUCUGCCCUGCUCUCCAAAGUCUUUCAGAUAAGUAAAUGCUAAAUUCAUUCACUUACGGGUUGUGUUUUAAAUGGCUCCUAUACCCUGAGGUGACAGCAGAGGGCAGCACAAUUGCAACAGACAUCCAGGACACUUCAAGAAGUGUAGCUGCAUUUUCCUUACAAUUUAACUAUCUCUGGCUGGGGUGGGGUGGCAUGGAUCUAAAAAACAUUCUUGAACCUCUUUGUCAUUUCCCCUUAUAGGGCAUUGGGCUAAAAAUAUUGUUUGAACCAUUGCUUCAUCAAGAGUUAGAAAAACAUUGUGAUGGGAGGGAGUUUGGGAAGAAAAAUUCAGUCACAGCGUAAUGCUGUCUCCUGACCCUUCCAGCUGGCUCACAGGCAAGAACCUCUGCCUACUGAGGCCUCCAGUCCCAUAACAAAAGGCAGACAAUAUUGUUUCUUUAUUAGAGAAACCUCCUCCCAUCCCAUGAUCUAGGGUACUUUAAAACCACCACUGAAGAUAGUAGGGAAAGAAAGCAGACUCAGCCUCAUGUAUUAACUUCCUCAGACAACCACAGAGCAGGUGGUAUCUACAGUGGCACAAAGUCAAGUCUUAAGGAUCAGGCCUGAAAGUAAAUUAAGAAUGGGCUAUUGGGCUGUUAGAGAGUGGAGCCAGAGUCCUGGGUUUUGUUGUUUUGUGUGUGUAUGUGUAUACUGGGGAAUCAACUCAUAGCCCUGCAUAAGCUAUGCAUGUACUCAACCAUGGAACUACAUCCCCAGCCCCAGAUCCUCCUUCAGUCCUACCUAGUGGUGUGUCAGUGUUUGAAAGAAAAGUUUUCUUCCCCUUGCUGUUGAGAACCUUCUUUUAUAAAUUCAUGGAAUCCAGAGUCAUAAUUAAACUAAGCAGUCUUUUUCCUUCUGUUUUAACCAGGGGAUCAUUAGUGGAAAACUAGAGGGGAGAGGAAGUAGACUGGGUGGGAGGCUCAAGCAUUCACUGUGUACCAGGUGCCAUUCUAAACACCCUGAUGAUUCACUCUGAGGUCUUCACAAGACCCCUAUAAGGUAGGAACUGUUAUUAGCUCCCUUUUACAGAUGCGAGAUUAGGCAAUCUACCUAAGAUAACUAAUAAGUGCCACUUAUUAGUGACAGAGUUAGGAUUAAAACAGUAGCAGCCUGGUUCCAGAGUCAAUGUUCUUAGCCAGUAUGCCAUCUGGCUACUACUUCUUUUUCUACUCCCCAGUUAAAGACAGCUGAAUGCUCUAAGCAAGAAGAAAGGUUCCAUCUUCUAAAAUCCUACUCAGAUAUAAGACUCAGAGUAAUCCCUGGAGGAAAGAGGGAAAUGAAAGUCUCACCACCCAGGAAAAUUCACUCUUUAAAGUAGUGAUGGGACAUAAAUCAUGAGUCCAGAACAUAUGGGGUUAGUAGUGAGUCAGAAAGAAGCUAUUUCCACUGGGGGUAUAGUGGAAAUCUCAUUUUCAAAAUGCAAAAUAAAAUAUUAGGCAGCUUCUGGGUGGAAUGGAACAUGGAAGAAAUGAUCAAACUUGGAAAAAAAAUUCCUCCUCCAUCUUCCCUCCAGGGGAAUACAGAAACUUUGAAAGGCCAAGGGCAAGUUAUGGGCGGAAGGCAAAAUACAAUGAGUUCAUGUGGGAAAUAAAUUUCUGGUUAGACAAGGUCUGUCGUUCCAAAGGCAAAUAUUGCACACUGGGAAAGAUAAAUGCCCUUCCUUGUCUUUAUCACUAAUACUCCAAGUGGCAAGUCAGGACAGGCUGCAAGCCAAAGACCCAACAGAUAACAGAGGGGGGCCCAUUACCUCCUGAACAGAGUUCUCACCUGGACCUGAUUCUUCCAUGUUCCUCUAGUUUAAAACAACUUAAGAGCUUUUAUUUCAUUUUGAGUAGCAAAGUCAAUCUUGCUUUUUUUAACUAGUUUUACUAUAACCUCCUUUGUAGAUUAUGACUAGAGAAAUCCCAACUCCUAAAGCAGGGGAAAGAAACUGGAGCAGAAUCAGCCCCACAGCCAGACCCAAAGGGACUAGCAAGACCCUGAUAUAUACAUAUCUCUAUUUCUCUCUCUGAACCUCUCUGGCCCCACAUACACACACUUACACAUGUAUGUGCACACACACACUCUCAGUUUCUCUUUCUCUCUAUCUCACACACACAUACACACACACACAACACACAAACAAGCUAUAGUCACAAAGCUAAGUAAUAACCCAAACAUUCUGGUUUUUCUACUUUGUAAUUAAACCCACUUCUCUAAGAUAUUUUAGAAGAGAUGAGUCAUCCCUUCCUCUUUUUCUUCCCAUAACACAUAUACCAUUCUCACAUGCUUCAGUAGAAUCAGACCUUGAUUCAAAUCUGUACUCUGUUAUAAGGACUCAAGUUUCCUCAUCUGUAGGAAGGGAAGAUUUCCUACUGCAAAAAGUAUAUUGGAAAGAUCAAUAUAUAAAGCCUUGUACACAAAAGACAUUUGAUAAAUAUUAACACCCUUUUGAACAAGAGAUCAAGAAUCACUUGGGCUCUACCCACAAACCCAGCAACUAAUUUCAGAGAUGGGUUACUUAGCAUCUGUGUUAUUUAUCUCUCAAAACUAAAUUAUGGUAGUAGAAGUAGAGCAAGAAAUCCCCAAUUCCCAGAAAAAUGGAAGAAUACAGAAAGAAGUGCUUAUAUAGCAGGGAAUGUCUUCCCUCACCUCCUAUGUGAAUAUCCCCCCCAACAAGGGAGUAUCUAUAAAGCAAAAGAUGGACUUCCCUUGGUACCUGAGAAAGAGAAAAGGGGUGCCACUUUUAAGAUGGAUUUUCAGUUCUCUCCUUAGAUACCAAACAUACAGGACAAAGGAUUCAAACUCAGGAAAGGUAUCAGGCAGCAAUGUAAAGAAAGGCAAAUUUUCUUCAAAUCAGCACAGGAUGAUUAGGGAAAGGCAUUUGUCACUCUGGUUCUUACCCUUCAGGCCAUAUGUAAAAUGAACAACAGUUAAGUCAGUAUAUCAUAGACAAUGGCUUCCACAGAACUAACAAAUGAAAACAUCUGACAAGAAAGCUUUAUUGAAGCACAUAUUCAUGUCAGGAGUGGAAAACAAAAGAACAAGUUACAGCCCAGGAUCCCAAGUUAUGCUUUCCAUUACAGUAUCAAUGCACACCAAACAAAUCUUUUAAAACAUUCCUCAAUUUAGUUCACACAUACAAUAGAAACUACCAUACCUGCCCUCAAACCAGUGGCCUCAUAGAAACAUCAGCUAGCAACUGCCUCUACUGAAAGGUAUUUCUUUUCUGGUAUAGACUCCCUUCUACACACAACUUUGUAUGGAAUACACUCACAUGAAUAAAAGGUCAGUUUGGAAGAGUAUCAGAAAAUGAGUUAGUUUACUAGAACCCUCUUCAAAAAGUCUCAACACCACCACACCCAUGUUACAUGCAGGUCAAGUUGAGGAAACAAUAGAAAAAAAUUAGAGCUGAAACCAUAUCAGGUAGGAGGUCAGAAUAACUGGGAGAUUCUCUAUCCACUUUCUCUUGGAGCACUAACAAUCCCCAGCCUGGGGAAGCACUGUGCCAUUUAGACAUUCUUUGGCUCUUCUGACACAGAGGUAUGUAGUCCAUAGUCUGCAUGGCAACAUAUCCCAGACACAAACACUGAGAAAGAUGUGGUAUAUGAGAGUGAAGAUGUCUCAUCUUUUAUUAGAGAAAUGAGGACUUCGUUCUCUCUCAGUUAACUGCCAUUAUCAGUUUAAAACACAGAGACAUCAGCACGGGCUGUGAAACACUUUACCCUCAGUCACUCAGGUCCUCUGGAAUCAGCCAGAAGGUCUCACUGGGCAUGUUCAUGACUCCAUCAAAAGGCCAUUAUCUAAUUAAAGUGCUUUUCUAAACCAACUCCAUUAUAAGAUUUUCCCAAAGGUCUAGUAAAGGCAUCUAGAACUGGAAGGAACUGGGGAGUUUUCUUAGCAUUUCAAAGAAAACCAUAUACCCAAGCAAGGUGAAAACUACUUAAAAACAAGAAAAGAUAAAUUUUCCAGAUAGAACAUGAAUUAAAAGUGUAAAUUAGAGAGAAGGAGAGGACCUAUUUACCUCUCCUGAUAUUCCCCUCUUUAGUGACCCAACACUGUUUCCCAGAGUCUUAACCUCAGAUCAGGCACACUUUGAACUACAGACUGAAACUAAUAACAAAGGUAGCCAGGACUUCCUGGAGAAAUAGGAACAAAGAUAUUAAAAAAGAAGGUAGAAAGUUGUUUUAAAAGAUUUUUAAGUUAAUUAAACCUCAUAAUUAUGCAAGAAAGAAUCUUAAAAUAUACUACAUUGUGCACAAAUAAAAACAUUUCAAAGAGGUCCUUUCUCUUGAGCCUGCUUUUAAAAGGGGAACAAGGCCACAUCACUCUAGCUAGCAUAAUGAAAGCUGCAGAAAUAGUGCUUGUACAUACACAUCUAACACACACAUAUUAAAUUAGAAAUCUUUGCUCUUAGUUUUGUUACUUCCUCUGAUUUGUCAUGGCCAGGGCUGGACCUGUAGAAGGUCAGGAAUUCAUAAACCCAGCUUCUGCUUGGCCAUUGAGGAACGGAGUUGCAGAGUCCCUUCAGCCCAAGACCCUGGGUAUUGUCGCAUCUUCUGCCACAGGCUCACUUCUUCCCCAGUCGAGUCCAUCCAGUCCACCACUUCCCCAUUACUGAUCCCUGAGGAGAAACACCAGAGAAUGCUGACCAGGGACCCCACUGCUUGACCCAUCAAUGAUGAGUUAUAUAGCAAGGGUAACUGCUCCAACGACAGUGUGCUAUGAAGAUGGGCUGAUGAGGACAGCAAUCUGGGAAGUGUUCCCUGUUGAUCCUGCUCAGAGUUUUCUAUGCUCCUGAGACUAUCAGGAGAUUCUGGGUUGGUGAGAUAGUACUACAAAUACCACAUGGUCACUAGAGACUUCUUAUUCAGAGUAUGUUACAGAGCUCUGGAGUCUGCCACCCAUGCCAGAGCUACUGUCAUUAUAUUAUUACCAAAUUGAUUUAAAUUUCUUAAAAACUGAACAGCUUUUUCUCUAGCUGUAGAUUCCAGCCAGCCUAAAGUUAGAAUUAUGUGGCGUAAUUCCUAUUCUUUUGUUCAUUCAUUCUUUUGGUAAGUAUUUACUGAAUACCUUACUAUGUGCCAGGUAUUCUUCUAGGCUCUGGAGAUACAAUGAUGAAAAAAGUUGAAAACUACCCCUGGCUUC